UGUUUCUUUUGCGAGAAGUGUGCUCGCGCGCUUCAGCCUACAUUGAUUGGCAAGUUCACCUGCAAAAGAAAACUGACAUUAGGCCUGAUGAUCGGUAAACGGUUGUGCUGUUCGAAUGAAACUGAUUUGAGACCAUGUACAGUAGCUAUUAGAAGAAAGCGAAUAGGCUACUUUAAGUUACAAUAUGGAAAUGUACAAAUACCCCGUUUUCUUCGAGGUCCACAGUCUGGAUCCAGCACAGAAAGAGAAGUUAGAAAAGUACUUUCAGGUUCGCCGUAAAUCUGGUGGUGGAGACUGCGGACCGAUAGACAAUGUUGGUGACAACGUUUACAAGAUCGCAUUUAUUGACCGGACAGUCCAGGAGAGGGUACUUCAGAAACCUAAUCAUGUGUUGGAGAUGCCUGGAGGACCUCUCUUCCUCACUCUGAGAGGCAGCCAGGAGCCUCCACCCACAACAUUCAGCAGUCAGAGUCACCAGUCCCUCCCAUUCCAUCCCUCCCUCCCUGUCCAGACAUCCCCACCUGGUUUCCUAGAGCAUGAACUCCAUCUAGACUCCUACCUCCUGAGAUACUUGAAGGAGAGCCCUGGGGCUGGAAGAGACCUGCAGCAGCAGUUGUCCUCUCUGGGCUGCUCUGUCCACCUCCAUCCAGAGGAUGGGAGGGCAGUGGUCAGAAGCUCAGGCCAAGCUGGGUCAUGUGGAGAUGGGGUUGGGGUGGGACCAUGGAAGGUACAGGUCGAGAGACUGUUCAAACAGCUCCAGGAGCGGUACACAUGCCACUAUGAGGUAGACCCACGUAAGCUCCAGACUAUGCUGCAGAGCAGUACCCUGGGUUCGGAGGAUGUGAGGGUUUACUGCGAGGCAGGGGAAGGGUUUGCGGUGGUGGUUGGGGAGGGGCCCGAGGUCCAGGCCAAGCUGAAGGAGCUGGAGGCCUUCCAGGGUCAGGGUCUGAGCUCCUGGAAGCAGGAGAAGAUCAGCACCACCUGUCGUCUGGGACAGUCCAAGCUCCGGCUUCUAGGUGAAGUGAUAGAGAAGGAUCUAGGUGAGGCUGUUCCAGGGGUGAGGGUGACGCGCAGUAACUCAUCUCAGCUGGUGCUGGAGGGGUCAGCAAGUGAUGUCCGGACAGCCAGACAGUUAGUUACAGAUAAAAUCUCUCUGGGUCUGGAGCGGGUGGUGCCUGCGGUGUCCCCCCACCUCCUGUCCUUCCUGAGGGAUGAGUAUGGGAGGCCUGGGAACCUGAGCAGUCUGCUGGGGUUGGGACUCCAUGUGGAGGUAGAGUUGGGAGAUACAGAACUCAGUCUGUUCUCCCUCUCCUCUGGGAAACUGGAGCAGGCUGAGAAGGAUCUGCUGAGGGAGUUUGGGGAGGAGAAGAUCGAUUUGCCCAAAUGUGGCACCCUGCCAUCUGAACUGAAAUCCAAGCUUGAGAAGAAGGUGAAGGAGAUUAACCAGAGCAGAUGCAGGGUGGUGGCCAGGUAUGGUCCUGGGUGUAGAGUGCAGUUGCUGGGCCACGUGAAUGAGGUUAAGGAGCUGAGGGAGGAGAUCGGGGCCUUUCUGAUAGACCAGUCCAGUGUGGAGGAGACAGUGUGUCUCCCUUACCCAGAGAUUGCUGACCACCUACCAGAACUGCUGGAGAGGAUCGGUGUGGAACACACUGGGGUGACCCUCUACCCCUCAGCCUCAGCCAUCCACCCCACUGUGGUGCUCUGUGGACCCUCUGUCCGGGUGGCCCAGGUUAGGGACAGGUUGGGUCCCGCUCUGGCCUCCUUGGUUCACCAGACUGUGACCAUAGACCAGCCGGGGGCGCUACGCUACUUCCAGGGCCUGGGAAGGGAGUACCUGGGAGUGGUUGGUCGCUCUCAACACUGCCUCAUCCAGCUGCACAACCACGGUGGUGUUGCCGGCGGAGCUCGCGCCGGACCAAUACUGGAGGAGAUGGUCACAGCCACCAGCUAUCGCCUCCAGCAGGGGCUGCAGGUUGUGGUACGUCAAGGUGACAUCACCAAGGAACAGGCGGAUGCGCUGGUGAACCCAGCCAAUGAGGACCUGGAUCACGCUGGUGGCGUGGCUGCAGCUCUAAGCCGUGCGGGGGGGCCUGAGGUACAGCAGGCCAGCAGGGAUCUGGUUAGGCAGAUAGGGAGAGUGCCCACAGGUACAGUGGUAGGGACUACAGGAGGGAAGUUGCCUUGUAAGAUGCUGCUGCAUGCAGUGGGACCAGUAGGGGGCAGCGUAGGUGGGAAUGAGCACCUUCUGCUGGAGAAGACAGUAAAGGCAGUCCUGGAUCUGGCAGAGACCCUGGAGCUCCAGACCUUGGCCAUGCCCUGCAUCAGCUCAGGGUUAUUCGGCGUUCCUCUGAAGGUGUGUUCUGAGGCCAUAGUCUCUGCAGUGAGGGACUUUGGGAGGGAACAACACAUCCUUACCAAGGUCACUCUGAUUGAUGUGAGAGGAGAGGCAGUGAGAGCCAUGCAGGAGGCCUGUGAUAGGCUGUUACAGGGGAAGAGGGAGAUUCCUGAGUGGGAGAGAAUGUCGAGCACCACCACGACCACUAUACAUGUUCCUCAGAGAGACACCACUGCUGCCUCCACCAGGGGACCAGCUGCUCCAGAGGUCUGUGUCCAGGUGGAGAUCAUCCAGGGAACCAUAGAGAAACAGCAGCUGUAA